AUGUGUUUUUACACUUACCACCACUAUUCCGCUUGCGGGCAUAUCGCUAACUGGACCGUGAACAGCUGUAAGGAGUAUACCAACACCCUUCGAGUGCUGAGCCGGGAAGGUCUGUCCGGACACUGCGAUAAGAUCCAAACUACUCACAACCUUGUGCUAAAACUUGUGUCUGACACCUGCGGUCAGUGCGAUUUUGAGCUAUCGUCCCAUCGUGUCCAUGACGCUUCCAUGUCCACGAAACAUCGUACCAUCGAGGGCUUAAACUCGAAGGCUCCAAUCUUUGAGCUUUCUGGUCAUAUGAACACCAAUUUCAGUGGCAAGGAUGAGAGAAACGAUCACCCAUCCACCUAUCAGGACUGCUGUGACUGUGAUGACUACAACUGCUCCGAAUUCAUGGACAGCUCUGACGAGGAGACUGACAGCUUCGGAGUAGGUCCCAACGAAACAACUUCUCCCACUAAUACCGUGGCUGAUGUUUUGCAGUGCCCAGACAAUUCUUUCUUCUGGCCAGAGACUCCAACACAUACGGGUAAACAAUUCGAUAUAAUGCCCCAAGUCCUUCCUAGCGAAGAGGAAAUUAUUGCUGACCUUUGCAAAGCUUUGCGUCGACAAACCUCGGCGGAAGACAUCUCUCCUUCAUCGACUCAGGUAGAUGUCCGAAGAUCUUGCAACUCCUUGCACGGUGUUAUUCCUAUUGGCAUUUACGAAUGUGCUCACCCCUUAGAGCGCCUUGACACCAGAAACCUCUACGCAACAAGCUUCCUCAACCUGUCCGACGACGAGUCGCCGAUUGAGUUUGAACUGGCAUACGCUGGCAAUGAGCUUGAGCAGGCAAUGUUCGACCUUUCAGAUGAUAGCUUUUACUUUGAUUAUGAAAGCGAGGUACGCAGUCCAAAUGAUCUCAAUUUCCUUGAUGACGACUCGGAUACCGACGACGACUCAGAUGGUGGAUGUGAUUUGCCCGAUGAGUCUGACGAUGAGUUUGCGGAGAUGUUCUCACCUUUGAUCUCAAAUUUAGUAUCCAACAGUGUCGAUGUAUCGCUGCCGUCUUUGCGAGACUCUGCGCCGGAGGUCGAUCGACCAGCUACCCCGAUGCUUUGCCUAGCGCCCCCGAGAAUGGUCAAGCCCCCUCAGUUUCUGUCCCUGGACUUCAUCGUUGAAGACAUUUUCGACGAGGAGGUCUUUGAGAAGGAAGCCCUUGAAAUUCUUCAUAACAAGGCCUAUGUGACCCUAGGAAGGCCCCUUUGUGACGAUCAUUGGGAGGGUUAUGGGCUCACUGAGCCGCGCCCCUGGUGA